ACACCAAAAAACUCGCGCAGUGUUUUCAUUUUUUAUUGCGCAGAUCUGGUGAUACAUCUAGCUCAUCAUCAAAUCCAUUGUUUUAGUUGGUAAAGUUAAAUAAUCAUUCCAAAAAUAAAGAAGCAAUUAUGACGAUAAAAACUACAAAAUUAUCAAGACCAGAUUCAAUUGAUUUCGCUGUUGGAAUGUCAACACGACGUGCAAUUUUAACAGUUGGUGUAAUUUUUCUUGGUUCAUUAACAGCACUUUGCUAUGUCUACACAAAUUUCCCAGAGCUUAAAGAACAUGAAAAAAAGCACAUAAAGCUACCAUUCAAUAUUGAAGAUGCUCAAAAUCUUGGUAGACUCUUGGAAAGCUACAAAGAUCUCUACUACUUGGAAGUAUUAGCUGGUCUUUUUGUAACAUACAUAUUUCUUCAAACAUUCGCCAUACCAGGAUCAAUAUUUUUAUCAAUUUUAUCAGGAUUUUUAUUUCCAUUUUACUUGGCUCUUCUUAUGGUUUGCACUUGCAGUGCAAUUGGUGCAUCACUUUGCUAUCUUCUCUCAUCACUUCUUGGCAGAAAAUUACUAUUCAAAUAUUUUCCAGAUAAAGCUACACAAUGGUCUCAAACAGUUAUCAAACACAAAGAUAAUUUAUUAAAUUACAUGUUAUUUUUAAGAAUGACACCUUUAUUACCAAAUUGGUUUAUCAACUUGGCCAGUCCUGUUAUUGGUGUACCAAUGAUACCAUUUACAAUUGGUACAUUCUUUGGUGUUGCACCACCUUCAUUUGUUGCCAUUCAAGCUGGACAAACACUCAACAAGUUAACGUCUUCCAGUGAUGCAUGGUCUUGGUCAAGUGUUAUUAUUUUAUUAAUUUUUGCGCUUUUAUCAUUAGUACCAGUACUAUUUAAAAAAAAUUUACAAAAAAAAUUCGAUUAAAUAUUUAUAACAAUAAAAAAAAACUAUAAAAUUUUAGUAGCAUAUUUUCAUUGAAAUUUUUUAUAAAAUAUCCAAUGUUCAAGAUGUUUUUUCGUACAAAAUUUUUAGAUUAAUUUUAAUGUUGUAUUUUUUAAUGUUAAUUCAUAAAACUCUUGAACGUUAUUUUUAAUUUUUUUAUCAAUCAGCCAUUAAUUGCCAGUUCAAAUUAUUGUUUAACUUAAAAAGACAGCUAAAUUGAAUUUUCAACGUUGAUCGUUGAUUUUUAAAUAAUAAUUUAUUGUCAUGAUUUAAUUUAUAAAUUAAUUACAAAAUUUUCGAUAUUAAAAUACAAAAAAUAUUUAAAUAUUAUUGUUAAUUUAAAAAAGUAGUAUAAAUUGUGUAUAAAAAAUAUUUAUUAUUUUUUUUUUUCUAAUUUUAUUAGCAGUAUGAAGUGAGAUAGCUUAUUGUUAAUUCAGUUGAAUUUGCUGGAUAGCUAGCUGGUCUCCAAUACCACCAAUUGUACCAUACUGAAAAAUUAAAAAAUAAAUAUUUAAUUGUUGACUA